AUGACAGAUCAGGUUGACGUUGAAACUGAUCCGGCGAUCAAACGAAUAAAGCUUGAUCCCGAGUCACAUGAGGCACAAACCUUAGAACAAAUCUUUGGUACAACAGAUCCCAUCAAAUCGGAACUGGCCAAUGAUAAACUUGUAUCACCACUCGAUGAACCAAUGGAACUGAAUUCUAUCGGCGACCAAAUAGAUGCCAUGACUGCUUCCACCAAUACUGUAUCAAUCACUGCCACUAAUCAUACACCAAUUACAGCCACCAAUAAUCCACCAAUACCUUUAGAUAAUGACUCCGUAUCUUUACUUAAAGCACAAAACCCUAAUAGUAUCAACACCCUGAUACCAACAACACAUACCGGUAUCACCAACAACAACAACAACAAUUUUCAAACUGACGAUUCAAAAGGUUACCAAACCAAAAAUACUAUUCCUCCAACUAAUGGAGUAUCCAAUGUUACUCCUUCAACAAAUGGAGUAUCCAAUGUUACUCCUUCAACAAAUGGAGUAUCCAAUGUUACUCCUCCAACUAAUGGAAUAUCCAAUGUUACUUCUCCAACUAAUGGACUAUCCCAUCUGGCUCCUUCAACUAGUGCACUUUCCAAUCCCAUCCUUCCACCUUCCAAUAUCAACAGUAAUAAUACCAUGUUCAAUAGUAAUAAUGACAAUAAUAAUAAUAAUAGUAAUAAUAAUAAUAACACAAUUUCUUCUUUCCCUACCACCACACCUGGAGGCUUCCCCCCUUUGCCAACUACGCUUCCAACCACAUCAUCAAUUCCGCACGGAUUCACAACCACCCAAUUGCAUAAUAAUAAUCGAGAUACCAAAAGCCUAUCUCAAGCCCCCCCUCGUGUUAAUUCAACCCCUUUAUCCUCCACUGCUCCUCCUACUCCCAAAAUAAGUCGUCUAGUUAUCUUGUACGACACACCAAAAUAUCAACAUAUGAAAACACAAAUAGAAGAUUUCAAAUUGUUCCCACAUACUUCACUUAAAGUAGUGUUACUUAGUGAUUUGGAUCUGCUCCAGAAAGAUCCUUACGAUUGGUUGAACUUGUGCAUAGAAUAUAAUGAUGAAUUUAGUGGGAAUUUGAAGAAAAUAUCAGAAUUCAUUGAUACCAAUAAAGAAUACAUUAAAAGUUUUAAAGAAAUUGGGUAUCAUUUCCAAUUUGAUUCUCGAAAGAAAUGGCCAGAUGAUUAUACUGAAUUUGAUAAAGAUGAGUAUUCUUCGUUUAUUAAUAUUUUGAAGUCUACAGUUGCUGAUAAAGUAGUUCAUUGUUCCAUAAUCAACAAGUUUGAAAUCAAUACCAUAUAUUUAACCAAUAAGGAUGAUUUGGAGAAACUAGGACAUGAAAUCCAAUCGGAUAUUGAUUCCUGGAAGAAUUUACGGUUAUUUGAUUAUGGAGAUAAUUGUAUCCGGUUUUUCCCCGGAGUUAAGUUUCCUGAUACUUUAGAAUUAAUGAAUAUUGGAGGUGGAUAUGCUUUGGAAACUUUAGCCGGAUUUAAAAUGCCACCAAAGCUAAAAGUGCUAAUUGCAUCCCAUGGUUCGAUAACCAAUAUUGAUAAUAUUCAAUUCCCUUCGACCUUAGAAACGUUAGAAUUGGUGGAGAAUAAAUUAUAUUUUAUAAAUCAUGUGGAAUUCCCCAUGAAAUUAGAGAAAUUAGACUUAUCCAACAAUAGAAUUGAUAAUUUAAGAGGAAUAGAAUUCCCCAAAAAUUUGAAACAAUUAUCAUUAUCAAUGAAUCCAAUAGAUUCAAUCAAAGGAAUUAAAUUCCCCAACCAUCUAGAAUAUUUGGAUAUUUCAUGUGUUCCUAAUGAAUCAAUGACCGGGGUUAAGUUUCCGGAUUCACUUGUGGCUUUAAAUUUACAAGAAUCCAUGAUAACUACCCGAGGUUUAAAACUUCCACCAUUUUUAAAGGAAGUCAAUUUGGGGGAUAAUGGAGUCAAUAGUAUUAAUCCUUUGAAAUUGCCUGAUUCAAUCGAAAAACUUUGGUUGACUAAUAAUAAUAUUAAGACUCUUAAUAAAGUUCAGUUCCCACGAACAUUAAAGGAAUUAUAUUUGGGGAAUAAUAUGAUAACCACUUUAAAAAAUGUUUUAUUCCCCAAGACUUUACAAUUACUUGAUAUGGAAAUGGAUCCAGAAUUUGAUGAACAUGAUAAGCAUUUAACUACUUUGAAAGAUGUUGUUUUCCCCAUUAAUCUCAAACAUUUGAAUUUAGGAUAUCAUUCCAUCAAAUCGGUUGAAUCUAUUGAGUUUCCUUAUCAUCUUGAGACACUAAGUCUUCGAUAUAAUGAAUUAAAAGUGUUUCGAAAUAACAAGUUCGGACCUUACCUAAAGAAACUCGAUCUAAGUGGGAACCAAGAUUUGAUUUCAUUGGAUCAUAUUUUAUUACCGGAUGCAUUAGUUGAUUUGAGAGUUCCUAAUCAGUUAGUUGAUAAAUUACCUGGGUAUAUUAUCGAACGAGCCAAUUCCAAAAAAUUGGUUAUUACUAAAUCAAGUCCAUAUUAG